AUGACAGCUGAGAAAAGUGGGCCGGUUGUAAACGGUAAACCAGAGGAUGGCAGAGAUCCGGAAGGGUCCAGCUCCAGCCUCGACAAGACGGAGUACAAUGAGAGGGGCCAAUGGAACAACAAGAUCGAGUUUUUCCUGUCGGUGGCCGGAGAGAUCAUCGGGCUGGGCAAUGUGUGGAGGUUCCCUUACCUUUGCUACAAGAAUGGAGGAGGUGCGUUCUUCGUCCCGUAUGUCAUCUUCUUUGUGUGCUGCGGUAUCCCCGUGUUUUUCCUGGAGACGGCCCUGGGUCAGUUCACCAGUGAGGGAGGCAUCACCUGCUGGAGGAAAGUCUGCCCCCUGUUUGAGGGUAUCGGUUAUGCGACGCAGGUGAUUGUAGCUUAUCUAAACGCGUACUACAUAGUGAUCCUAGCCUGGGCCAUCUUCUACUUCUUCAACUGCUUCACCACCGAGCUGCCCUGGGCUAAUUGUGGACACUAUUGGAACACAGAGACCUGUGUUGACGAUUAUGGAGGCAAUUCCACAAACAUCACAAACAUCAAUGCAACUUCUCCAGUCAUUGAGUUCUGGGAACGCAGAGUGCUGAAGAUAUCAGAUGGUAUCGAGCACAUGGGGGGGGUGCGUUGGGAGCUGGUGAUGUGUCUGGCCCUGGCCUGGUUCAUCUGCUACUUCUGCAUCUGGAAGGGACCCAAGUCAACUGGCAAGGUUGUAUACGUGACAGCUACCUUCCCUUACGUCAUGUUGUUGGUCCUGUUGAUCAGAGGAGUAACGCUGCCAGGAGCAUGGGAAGGCAUCAAGUUCUACCUCUACCCAGACAUGUCACGUCUCUCGGACCCUCAGGUAUGGAUAGAUGCAGGAACACAAAUCUUCUUCUCCUAUGCCAUCUGCUUGGGUUGUCUCACUGCUCUGGGAAGUUACAAUGCCUACAACAACAACUGCUACAGGGAUUGCCUCAUGCUGUGCUGUCUGAACAGCGGCACCAGCUUCCUGGCAGGUUUUGCCAUCUUCUCUGUGCUGGGCUUCAUGGCCUUUGAACAAAAUGUUCCCAUCGAAGCUGUGGCAGAGUCUGGUCCUGGUCUUGCUUUCAUCGCGUACCCCAAGGCUGUAACGAUGAUGCCUCUGUCUCCUCUUUGGGCCGGUCUCUUCUUUAUAAUGCUCAUCUUUCUGGGCCUGGACAGUCAGUUUGUGUGUGUGGAGAGUUUGGUGACAGCUGUGGUGGACAUGUACCCCGAGACCUUCAGGAGAGGCUACCGCAGAGAAUGGCUGAUCCUCGGCAUGUCAAUAGUUUCAUUCUUUAUAGGUCUUAUCAUGUGUACAGAGGGAGGAAUGUACGUCUUCCAGCUGUUUGACUCGUACGCUGCAAGCGGAAUGUGUUUGCUGUUCGUGGCCAUAUUCGAGUCCAUAUGUAUCGGCUGGGUGUACGGUAGUGACAGAUUCUACACGAACAUCGAGGACAUGAUUGGCUACAAACCUGCCUUAUUCAUCAAAUGGUGCUGGAUGAUCCUGACCCCGGGCAUCUGUUCUGCGAUUUUCCUGUUCUUCUUGAUUAAAUACAAACCGCUGAAGUACAACAACGUCUACACCUACCCUGACUGGGGCUACGGUAUCGGCUGGUUCAUGGCCAUGUCCUCGAUGGUCUGCAUCCCCUUGGGGAUGAUCUGGAUGAUCUGGAAGACUCCUGGCACCUUCUCUGAGAGAAUAAAGAAAUUGACGACUCCCAGCAAAGAUCUGAAAAUGAGAGGGAAACUCAACGCCCUCAGUCCCUACGCUGCCAACGACGCAAAACUCAAGGUUGAUGGGAAAGUAUCCACCAUCUCAGAGAAGGAGACGCAUUUCUAA